CAGUGCAUCUCUGUCUGACAUUGGCUGAUCCAAUUUAAGGAUCUAUUCAUCCAGAAUUAGCUUGUUUUGACCAGCCUGCAAUGCACCAUGGGAGGCAAAGAGCUUAGGCCACCUGGUAAGCAACAGGGGUAUAAAAUGCAGCUCUCACAGUUGGGCUCAGUAACUUUAUAGGCUUAACGGCUACUUGAAUUUGUGUUUCUGUCAUUUUUUGUUGGGAUUGAUAGCCGCAAACAUGGUUCUGGAGGAUUCUGAUGUGGAGAUGAUUGUGGCAGAAAUUGAAGUGUCUGAGCAUGAUGUGGAGACUCCAUAUGGAAGGAUUCAUUGUACAAUGAAGGGGGUUCCCAAGGGUGACAGGCCAAUUAUUCUCACCUACCAUGAUGUUGGACUCAACCACAAAACCUGCUGGGACACACUUUUUAACCAUGAGGACAUGUCAGAGAUUAUGCAGCACUUCGCUGUGUGUCACGUGGAUGCUCCUGGGCAACAUGAAGGAGCAAACACCUUUUCCACUGGAUAUGAGUACCCCUCAAUGGACCAGCUGGCAGAGACCCUCCCCCUGGUGCUCAAGCAUUUUGGGCUCAAGACUGUCAUUGGAAUGGGCAUUGGAGCAGGGGCCUACAUUUUGACUCGAUUUGCUCUUGACUAUCCAAAUAUGGUGGAGGGUUUGUUGCUCAUCAACAUCAACCCAUGUGCUGAGGGUUGGAUGGACUGGGCUGCCCACAAGAUCAGUGGCUGGACUCAUGCUGAGCCUGACAUGAUCAUCACCCAUCUCUUUGGAAAGGAGGAGAUCCAUAACAACCAGGAUCUGAUUGCUACGUACCGCCACCAUAUUCUCAAUGACAUGAACCAGUUUAACCUACAUCUUUUUGUCAAGUCAUACGAAAGUCGUAGAGAUCUGGAAAUUGAGAGACCUGUCCCUGGAAUCAAUUUUAGAACUCUCAAAUGUCCUUCUCUUCUGGUGGUUGGUGAUAACUCUCCUGCUGUUGAGGCUGUUGUUGAGUGUAACACCAAGCUGGACCCUACCAAGACUACCUUGCUUAAGAUGGCCGACUGUGGAGGCAUGCCCCAGGUUGAUCAGCCUGCCAAGCUGACUGAAGCAUUCAAGUACUUUAUCCAAGGAAUGGGAUACAUGCCCUCUGCCAGUAUGACCCGUCUGGUCCGCUCCCGCACUGCCUCGGGCUCAAGUGUUGCCUCUAUGGAAGGAAACCGGUCCCGGUCUCACACACAUGAUGGUAACCGCUCACGUUCUCACACCAACGAGGGCCGCAGUCGCAGUCAGACGACCGAGAGGGGGCGUUCUCAAACAGACGGUGCCGUGGACGGCGUGGACCAAUCUGUGCCCAAGUCCACCGAAGUGUCCUGUUAAACCAUACGCUCCCCAGACAAGUUCAGAAACCUCUCCCAAGUUCCCCAAGGUGGUGCUGCGCUGCCCCUAACUGCACAUCGUCAUUCACAAUGGUUCACAAGACGUGGAGUUUCAGAGAUUAGUUCUGUUAAUACGCACAACUGUCCUCAUAUAAAGUGAUUUGCCCUUGGAUACCUGUUUUUUGAGUUGCCAUUUUCCAGAAGAGGGAUUUUGUUGGCAAAACAAGUUUAAAUCAGUGAUUCUUGAGAUCCAGUGCAGUUAGCGGCAUCUUGGCAUGUGGGGACACAGAACUGAAGCAGUGAAUGUCAGAGAAAGCUGUGGCUGGAGUUCUAAUAUUCAUUUGACAUAAUGUGUUUAAAUGGCACAGCUUUCUCAGCCACACAUGACUGUAAAUGUCCUGUUCUGUUUGCUAUUGAUUACCCAAUCUUUUACUUUUAAGUCUAAGGUUAAAUUGUUUGUAUGUAGAAGCAGAUGUAUAGAUGUGGAGACUGAAUUGGAGGCACAUGGAUUAAUACUAAAGAUAUAUCUUUUGAAGGGAUAAAACUAAUAUCUUGUGUAUACAGCAAAUUUCAUCCUACACCUGUUAUUUUAAUGAAUCCUGUACCUGAUGACAUUUAAUGAUUUCAGAAAUCUACAGGUUCUUAGAGAAAACGUUUGCAUUAAACAGUAUAUUAUUUUGAUAAUUAUGGUUCAGACAUUCCUCACUUUUGUGGUGAUCUCUCUCUCUCUGUCUCUAUGCAAUUAAGCACAAAGGAACAAAGAUGUGCCAUGAUAUGUUGACUUUUAGGUGAGUUGCUCUGAUCUGGUUGUGGAUUUCUGGGCGUGGGACUUGAUAUGUCCACAUGUUUAAGAACAUAGCAGUAGAACUUGCCCAACAUCUUGUACUCCCACAUGUAUUACUUGCACUAAAGCAACAUUUGCUUUGUAGAAAACAACAAAAAAAGGCUUUGUAAAGAUGCAAUAUUCAUCUGCCUAAUGCUGUAGAAAUGCAUUACAAUGACACAAGUUUGUAUUUAUUAAAAAAUACAAUAAAACUGUAUAACAUG